UUUUUUUUGCAUUGGGAAUGAAAUCUUGACAAGGAGUCGUAUGUUUACUGACGUCCACAGGUGCCUUUUGGUCGCUUACACUUUUAAAGGGAGUGAAUUUAGGUGCUGCGGUUACCGUUAUCUUAGGCGGUGUUGGUUCUUCCUGGAUUGUUUUCUUAUAUUUAAUUAAAAAGAAGCCAUCAUCACUUGUUGGAGGAGAAAAUGCAUUUCCUUCAAAAUCGAAUGCCCUGCAAUACAAUAAUGAGAAUCACUUUUAACAUUAUAAAAAUGCGAUGCUUGAAAGCAUUGAUAAGCCGAUAAUGACAAUAAAACUAAAAAAACAAAAGUUUCAUAAAAACAAAAAUAAAAGUUACAUUGAAAUUGGACAAAUAAUUAGUGAUAAAAACUAACCUGUCUGAUAUUUUUGUUUUCAUCCACUUGGGGAGAGAUAUCCCUCCAGUUAAUGAACGAUCUGGUCCCGAAGUCAUGACUGAUAUAUUUUAAAUUAAAAGAUAACUGAAGAAAAUAAGCAAGUGAACUUAUGGUGAUACUGAUAUUAACUUUACAAACUAAGAAUAGGCACUUAAAAUUGUCAUAAUCUGAAAAAUGAGAAAUAAAAGAUUAGAGAAUAAUUCACUUAAAAAAAUGAAAUAUUGAAUAAAACACAAAUGAAAUGCAUAAAUGUAGAUAGAAAAAACAAUCUGGUGAAAUCUACUUCCAAUUGGUUAAUCAGCUAUGAACAAUUAAUCAACCAUAAAGCAUAGUAACAAAGAAAGGACAACUAAAACUAUGUAAAUAAACUGACACCUCAAAAGAACAUGCAACACGUGUUAAUUAAAUUAUCGAAAAUCUUUUACACUUACGUCUUUAACGUUUUUAAGAUUGAAAAUAUUAAUUGGCCCCAUUCUGUUGUGCCAGAGUAAUGAAUCUACGUUCAACAGUACUUCUUGUACUAAGCAAUUUGCCUUUUACUUUCUCUGGUACAUUGAUAAAUAAUAACUUUUAAUAAAAUGGUUCAAUUUAUUUUAUUUAAAGUAAAGUAUCGCUUUAACUUAAACAAUUAAUUUUAAUAGGUUUUAUUAAAUAUCAUUUUUAAAACUAUUAUAAAAAUAAAAUAUUGAAGUUAAUUACAAGUGACAACUUGAUAUGAUCGUUAACUCAAUUUUUUGAAUUGAGAAAUGGCGGUUGGUUGUUAUUAAGGACAGUUCAGUGUUAAUUGUGUGUUGUUACUAUAAAUUUUGACUAAUAUGACAUUUUUAUUUACCUAUUCUAUAGUAAAUACGUUAAGAUGUACAAUACCUUUAGGCGGAUUCGUAAGAAUGCGAAUAGAAUUAAAGUUAUGUUUUCAUCGGUAGAAGUUCCUAAGAACGAAACAAUUUCGUAUUUUGUUUAAAUAAUCGCGAAGAUAAUAGUUAUUAUAAGUCUGAAAUGUCUUGUGAUACUAGUUUAAGUUCAAGAGAAUCAAAAGCGUUAGCGAAAAAAUUGAGACAUGAAGAUCCUGAGCAAUUUCAAACCCUGGUCAGAAUGCACCUAUCAUUUUUUCUGGAUCUUACAAUGGAAGAGAUUGCAGGUCUUCCAGAAAAAAACAAAUUUCGUCCUCUAAAAUGGGGUUUAGCUCCUUUCACCAAAAAAAUUCGUGGUCCAGAAAAAGAUAAUGUAGAUAAUGUGCCCCUUAAGACAGAUAUUGUCAAACAGAUCAAUUAUCUUGUCGAUUAUUUAUCAGCAGAAGAGAACAAUUGUGAGGAAGGUAUAUUCAGAAGAAGUGGUAAAUUAACCAGACAACAAGAAUUGAAAGGCCUCCUUCAGCGAGGAAUAUUACCUAAACUGAAAGAUAGCAAAUAUUCAGUACAUGACGUCGCAUCUGUUUUGAAAGCUUUCCUUGCAGAACUACCGGAACCAUUGCUAACUGAAGUUUACUACCCUGCUUACUGUCAAAUUGCUGAGCUUUGCCAAAAUGAAAAAGGAACAAGAUGUAGGAUUUUAAAAGCUUUGCAGCUGUUGUUACUUCUUUUACCCAUUGAGAACCGGAUGGUGCUUAAACGUAUUGUGCACAUACUUCAUUUGACUGCGAGCAAUGCUGAAAAUAACAGAAUGUCUGCUCAAAAUCUGGCAACACUGUUCACACCACACCUGUUAUGUCCGAGAAAAUUGUCUCCAGAAGCUUUCCAUAUGACAGCACAGAAUUUAUCAUGCAUCGUUGUAUUUAUUAUCAACCAAGCGAAUGAGAUUUUUGAUGUGCCGCCAACUCUUGCUACUGAUAUAAAGGCUUAUUGGGAUCGACGCAGGCUGACUCCUAAUCAUUUACUCGAAAGAAGUAUAAGUGAAAGUACAGCUGCAAACACAGUAUUUACAUUUUGUGAUCGUGAAAGGUCAGCUCAGGAAAAUGUUGUCAAUCCAACAGAAACUGCCCUCGCUCAGUUGUACGCCCAUAUACAAAGUCUCCCAGAGUCGAAUAAGAAAAAGAGACUGAUCAAACAGUUUAACAAAGAAAACGGACAGGGGACACCACGAACGAAAAGUAUAGGAAACAGCAUCAAAAAACACAUAUUCUGCAAAAAUGCGAAAGCUAGAGGAUAUCUUGAAUACCAGCAGCUGCGUGCUGGAGGAUGUUCUGGAGACGAAGUUCUUAAUAGCCCGCCGGAGAAGAAAACACCCAUGAGAAGAUACAAUCUAAGGGUGAAGUUUGAAAACAAUGAAAAGAUAAGCAGCGUGAGUGGAUUUAAAAGAAUGCCGACGACCGAUGGAGAAUCAGAAGAGAGCGAAGAGUCACCCCCGAAAAUGGCGCGAGAGGAACUUGCGCCAGGAGGCGAUGAUAACUCCCCGGAGCAGGAAGCCGGUAGUUGCGCUCUCUGGUUCCAAUCUCUGUCAGUUGGGGGGAAACGGGUGGAAUGCGAAGGAGGAUCUAUCCUGGCAGGAACAGAAUCAGAAGAUGGAGAUGGAAGGAUGCGAGGGGAGCGAAGAGUCGCUGACGUCGCCGUUCCGAGACUACCUGUUCUCGAGGUCAGUCCUGACGACGAGCCCGGCAGACUUGAGCUUUUCCAGCCAGCCAGGAGAUUUCGACCCAUCAUCGUCAGGCGGGGAGCCGCCGCUGACAGACUCACUCCUCUACUUCCUCGACGGCGAAUCCCCUCCGUCAUCGACAGCUCCUUCUGGGACCCCCCCGUCAGAGUCUAGUUUGCCUCCUGUAACGGAAACCUCUCUGUGAAGUUAAGACAGAUAAGAAGCAGGUACAAAUUUGAGAAGAGUUUUGAAGUCAUUCUUCAUUUUUAUUGUAUAUUGAAAUGUAGAAUAUACUUUCUGCGAUUAGAAAAUGUAAAUAUUACAUGUAUUCUUUCGAUUUGUUUAGUUUCAUCUCGAGUACAUGUUUUUAGUGCCAUCGCUAAUAUAAAUUUACCUUUUAACUGAAGGUAUUGGAUUUUUAACAUUCACUUCUAAUUAUGUUUAUUUAAAAUUAGAAGGAAGUUGUGAGAUCAUUGUUUUAGAUCUUUUCGUUUAUUAUUUCAUUCAUAAGUAUUAUCUAAUAAUUAGACUAUAAUGUUUCAUUUGUUCAUUAUAAAUUAUUUAUAUAAGUUAUGAAGUUAACCAAAGAUAUAUUUAAAACGUACAAUAUUUCAUUACAUUAUUUUUCUUUGGACAUGAUAAGAAAACAAAGUAAACUUCAUAUACCUCCAUUACAUAAGUUUUAAUAUUAUGUCAUUGUAAAAUUGUAAAUAGUUCUGGUAACGAGAAAAAUCUAUUAGGCAACGUAGUCGUAAAUAUUUCAAUAUAGACUUAUUUUUAUAUAUAUUUAUUGUAUAUAAUGUAAAUAAGAAAAAUAUAUGCCUUAUUAAUGUUACGAACAUUAAAAUCCGUGCCUUGCCUAAGUGCAAAUCGCCCACUUAAUAAUGAUGUAAAUAAAUUGCAAUAUAUAUAGUCAGCAUUUAAAAUUUAUAAUAAAUAUUAUAUACAACUAUUAUUAUAGAGGUAACUGAUUAAAACGCGCAACAUAUUAAGAACGAAUAACUGCUAAUGGAUUUAAUUAAUAAGUAGGAAAUGACAAGUGGUUUCAGGAUAUUUUAAUUACAUGACUAUUAUGAAUAAUCUUUGAUAUAUAUCUCGGCCACAAAAUUUAACAAUUUGUAAUCAUAUGUUUAUUAUCUUUUUUACUUUUAAGAAAUUUGACUCUAAUCCCUCAUGUUUAGCUUAAAGCUGAUCAUAAUUAUCUGCAAGCUCCAAAAUAAUAACUCUUAAUUCUUAUAUCUAUGGACACAUGGAAUAAGUUGGUAAGUUGAAAAAAUAGUUCUUUGUUAUGUGGUGUGUAUUGUGUUCUAUUCGCUGAGAUCGUAAUUCAGGAGGAUCAUUUUUUGACUUAGCAAUUUAUUACAUGUGACUAUAGAUAUUUUUCAUGAACUCCUUAUUUUUUCUACAAUGGUACCAAUUCUUAUUUUUGUAAGUAGAUCAUCCUUUAUCUAUUCUAUCUGAUGUCUUUCACUCAUUUAUUUAUGUUGUUUUCAAUUAGAUUCUCAAUUUCCCCCCUCUCUCCCCUUCUUCAACAUGGUUUAUUCUGUGAGAAGUUGCUUGGAGUGUUUAGUCAAACAAAGAACAAAGUAAAAUUAAUAAUUUUAUUUUUAUUUUUUCCGGCGUUUUGGCCUUAGUUUCAGAAUUGUUCUCACAAAAGAUACCGUAAGACCUGUUUAGUAUCAACUUACCUUAAGUGAGUGAUAGUUAAAAAAAAGUUACAGUUUUCGAAAAUAAAUUUCAGGAUCAGAGAAAUUAUUUUUGAUUUUGAACCACUAUUCAGUCAUUUUCUUUUGUUUUAUUAGCAGUUAAAUAAUGUUUCUCUGUUUUUCUAUAUUAUUCAGUCAGCUGUACGACAGAAAAUAUUUUAUAAAUUACGACUAAAAAAAUAUAUUUGUUAUCGCAAGUAGUUAUAUUUAUAUAAUAUAGAAUAAUUUUGUGAUUAUUAUUCCUUUUUUUUUUUUAUUAAUGAAUGUAUUAUUGACAUGUUAAUUAUACAUAUUUUAUAUUUUUAAAAUUACCAUUUUAUUGGUAUUUCUUAAUUAAAUUUUUAAUUUAAAUUCAA